AUGACUCGAAAAAAUGGUGAAAGGUCUGCCAAGCGAGCCCGCUACGAGGACGAGGUAACGAAGAAUGGCGAAUUGACCUCGGCAGCCGAAGCCUUUUUUGAAGCCUUGGCUGAGGCCGGGGUCACUCACUGCUUUGUCAAUCUUGGAAGCGACCACCCUGCCAUGCUCGAAGCCAUGGUUAAGGCGAAGCAAGGAAAGUUGGACAAAUUCCCCAAUAUCAUCACUUGUCCCUCGGAGCUAGUUGCCCUGUCGGCAGCGUUGGGGUACGCUCAGGUCACCGGCAUCCCGACUGUGGUACCCUGGCUAUGGGCCAAUCGAUACACAACGCUUCUAUUAGCAGAGUGCCCGUUCUAUGCUUUGCCGGCCUUAGUCCCUUCACUCAAAGAGGAGAGCUUCUGGGAUCGAGAACCGAGUACGAAAACCAAUAUAGGAGCCAAAACCAGUACUGACAAUGGCAGGUUCAUUCAUUGGCUUCAAGAUGUGCCUGACCAGGCUGCGAUUCUCCGUCAAUAUUGCAGAUAUUCCGGGGAAGUCAAAAGCGGCCGCAAUAUCAAACAACUAGUUAAUCGCGCUCUGGAACUUACCAUGUCUGACCCCAAAGGACCAGCAUACCUCAUGGCUGCGCGAGAGGUUCUUGAAGAGAAAGUGGAAAGAAAGUGGCUCGAAGAAGAACUUCUGAGCCCAAUGGCACCAAGUGCGUUGCCCGAGCCAGAGGUUGAAUUGAUCGCAAAAGCUCUCAUGAGCGCAAAGAGACCACUCGUCAUCACUGGUUAUCUCGGUCGAAAUCUGCAAGCUCCAGCUUUACUAGAAGAACUUGGUGACAAACUACCCAUCAGCGUCGUGGAAAUGGUUGGAUCCGAUGUUUGUAUCCGUAGUGACCAUGAAGCUUAUCGAGGUGUCACCGUCACUACCCAUCCGGAUGUCCUGGAGGCCGAUGUAAUCCUCGUUAUGGACUGUGACGUACCUUGGAUCCCAACUGCAGGUGAACCUAAAAAGGGAACGAAAAUCUUCCAUCUCGAUGUCGAUCCGCUGAAGCAGCAAAUGCCACUUUUCUCCAUUAAAGCCAUCCGGAGACUGAAAGUGAAUUGCGGAAUUGCACUGAAACAACUGAACACCUACUUGGAUAGCCAGAAUGUCGACAAGAGCCACUACACUUCAGAAUUUGACGCACGCACAGCUCGCCAUGCAAGCUGGCGACAGAGUCUGCAGAGCCUCGAGUCGCCUCCAGAUGGAGACAUCGUGACCGUUCCAUAUCUCACCUCCAGACUCAGACAAUUUGUCCCAGAAAACACUACCUUUGUGUUGGAGGCAGUGACCAACGCGGGGCAUCUCAUUCACCAUCUCAAUCUGACCAAGCCUGGUACUCUAUUUGGCAGCGGUGCAGGGGGUCUAGGCUGGGGAGGCGGUGCAGCCUUGGGGGUGAAGCUUGCGAAGCCUGACUCCUUUAUUUGCGCAAUCGUGGGAGAUGGAACAUAUCUCUUCUCUCAGAUGGAAAGCGUCUACUGGAUUGCCAGACGAUAUGACAUUCCAUUUUUGCUCGUUGUCUUGAAUAAUGGAGGCUGGAAUGCACCCAAGGUGUCAGCCCUGCUUGUCCAUAAAGAUGGGCUCUCGUCCAAAGCUAACAGGCGCGAUCUCAAUAUCUCGUUCGAGCCCUCUCCGGAUUACCCAGGUAUUGCAAGGGCAGCUGGCAGUGCAUGGGGGGCGACGGUCAUGCAGCAGAGUGAAGUUGAUUCAACUAUCAAAGAGGCAACGCGAGUUGUCCAGGGUGGGAGAUGCGCUGUCAUCGAGGUCGCGGUUCCAUCGAUUUGGAAAGAGGUUUGA